AUGAUGAUCGUAGACAAUAGCGCCUUUCUAGACCAUAAAAAUAGCAGUCGAGAUCUCGACUGGAAGCUGGACGUUGUCGUCGUCGGGGGAUUCCAGUUCCAGGGAAAAAGGAAAGGCAAAGCGAAUCUCUGGGUCUCCGUAUUUCACAUUCCGUUAUUUACUGUUACAUACCGUACGGACAGAAUUACCAAUAUUACGUCCAUCCAGACCUCCAACACCCUCACGCUCGCUUCUCUUCGCUCUCGUCUCCUCUUCGACCUCCCAUUCAUUCUGGUAGAUUCAUCAUUGCGUCGUUUCGAUCUCGACGAUCCAGCCAGGUACGCCCUCAGCUCCGGCUCUGCACCAAUCUCCAGCGCUGCCAGGAACCUUCUACCUGGGGUGUACCCUCGCGUACAUUCCCCUCACCACCCAUCCCCUCUGUCCAUCGCCUGCCAAAUUAGGUCAGCAUCGUCCGCUUGUGCGCCGCAGCUGUGCCUGUCUAUCUCUCUUGUCACAUUGGGGUCUUGUAGGCAGGCGAUGCAUCCGUCGCGGCUUCAUUACUCCUAA